AUGCGUGGCGAGAGCGAGCCGGUGCCGGCGUUUUUCGAGGCGGCGUUUCACCGUGCCGAGCCUGAUAUUCAGAGCAUCCGGGCGCGUCUGCCGUCGUUCCCAUCGCCGCCACUGCGUGUGCAGCGUGUCGGGCAGCUGGAUGCCGACUUGCUGGACCAGGAGCUGGCCGAUCUGCUAGCGGAGCCUGUCAAGGCGGCCUUGCGCAACGUCUCUCCGACUCUCGAUAAGCGACGGCAUGACGAGAUAUAUCUCUUCCUGCGUUUGAUUCUGUACAAGUUCAGCAUCUUCGAUCGGAGCGCGUCGUAUGGUGCGAUGCUACAGAAUCUCAAGUACCGCAACGAAUGGGCUCAUCGGGCACACUUACAAUCGACCGCCGUGGAUGCGCCUCUCUCACGGAUUCAGCUGGCGCUGUACCCGCUGAUCACGAUCAUUGCGCCGUAUGCCUUCUCCAAGGCGCAAGCACACAUGACCGAGCACCACUUUGAUCGCGCUCCGACCGAGAGCCCCGCGUUUGCGCUGUUCAGUCUCUCCGAGCAGCUCCAGCGGGUAUGGCACAUGGCAUCGCUCCUGAACUUUGGCCUGUUCCUCUGGAACGGCAAGUACCGGACCAUCACCGAUCGAUUGCUGGGCAUGCGCCUGACCUACGCCAAUCGUGCGCUGCAUCGCAACGUCUCGUUCGAGUUCUUGAAUCGUCAGCUGGUGUGGAACGCGUUUACCGAGUUCCUUCUGUUCCUUUUGCCCCUAAUCCGACCGCAACGUAUCUGGCGUCGCAUCGCUCGGUGGCCGACGCACCCCUGGGUCUUGCGGACCCUGUACGAUACACUCCCCACGCCGCUCUCACGCCGUCUCGGCUUGCAGCUGGAUGAGCAUACACACGCCGUGCGUCUCGCACGACGAUCCCCACGCACGCCCACAAUAGGCAAGUACUGGUACCUGCCGGACGAAUGCUGUGCAUUGUGCUUCCAGCGCUUAGAACGUGCGGCGGGCGUGGAAGUGGACGCGGUGGUCCCGCCGCCGAUGCCGCGGCAUAUGACGUCCACCGUCGCGAUUCCCACCGCCGAUCCCUUGCAUCCACGCCGUGGGCUCGUAGCACGACGGCAAGGGCGAGAACGCGAGGGCGACGAUACUCUAGUGGACAACAAACUCGUCGUGGAUCGCGCGGCAGAGCGAGCGCUGAAACUAGCCGAGCGCCGUGCGGCGCGGCAAGCCGCGUCGGCCCGUCCAGCGGCCGUGACAGAAAAGCCGAGCUUGUAUGGCACAUCGCCGAACGGCAUUGCGUACAUGGACGCGUUGCUGGUCACGCCGUACCAAGCCCUGCCAUGCGCAUCACAGGGCCAUACGUGUCGCUACUGCUACUACUGCAUUGCCGACAAACUUCUCGACGACGCCAUGGCCGACGAAUUGCAAGAUACCGGUGGCUGGCCCUGCCUGCGAUGUGGCGAGCCAAUUUGGGGGGCAGAGCGUGUCGUGGAAAGUGCUACAGCCUAA